CCGGCGCCGGCCCCGGUUCAGUGCGCUGGGCGCUGCUCUCGGCACAGGGUAUUGCACCGGGACGCCGUGGGCGGCGAGGCAGAGCUGAGCGCUGGCAGUGGGCAGUCGCGGGAUCCUGAGUGGCAGCGGGGUGCAUGCCAGUGCCCACACUCCCCAGUUCCAGGGUACGACCAGGUGUGGCUGUUGCAGGCGGCCAUGGCCAACAAAGCACACCCACCCCUGAUGAAGAAGCACAGUCAGACAGACCUGGUGAGUCGCCUGAAGUCGCGGAAGAUACUCGGUGUGGGCGGAGAAGAUGACGAUGGAGAGAUUCACAGGUCGAAGAUCAGUCAAGUCCUGGGUAAUGAAAUGAAAUUUGCUAUGCGAGAGCCUUUGGGACUCAGGUUGUGGCAGGUGGUGUCAGCCGUCAUGUUCAGUGUUGUUGCCAUCAUGGCACUAAUCAUCCCCGACCGGCUGUAUGAUGCAGUCUUUGAUGACGGUGGUUCAGGCAGUAAGAUAUCUGUGAGACUGUAUGGAGGAGCCCUGCUCAGCCUGUCGCUCAUCAUGUGGAAUGCGUUGUACACAGCCGAGAAGGUCGUGAUCCGGUGGACGCUGCUCUCGGAGGCCUGUUACUUCACCGUGCAGCUUAUCGUUACGAGCAUCACGCUGUUUGAAGUGGGAGCACUGGCCUGGGGAGCGUCACUACUUCUGUUCAGUCGGGGUCUCUUCAUCAUUAUCAGCAUCUAUUACUAUUACCAAGUGGGUCUCAAGCCGAAGAAGGUGUGAAGAGCCGCUGGCCAUGCGAACUCUGAACCCCGCGUCAGGGGAUUUAUUUUGUAAUUUCUGCAUCAUGUUCUGUUUCUCUCGCUUGGAUUUGUGCCUUUCUAGUACAGUACUAUUGUAUUAAGAAACUGUGUACUCCGCGCGCUCGAGUGUGUGUGUGUGGAGGGGGGUGGGGGGAGAGAGUAAAGGAGAUCUGGAGUGUGUGGGGGAGAGAUCUGUCUGUGCAGGUGUGUGUGUGAGAGAGAGAGAGAGUGAGUGAAGGAGAGAGAUCUGGCUGUGUGCGUGCGUUUGUAUGCGCGUCUGUGUCUGAAAGUCCAUUUAAGUGUGUCUGUGUGUUUGUGACUGUGAAAACGUGUCAUUCCAUAUAAGCGUGCGUGCGUGACUGUGUAAUUCCACGUAAGUUUGUGGGUGUGCACGCGCGCGUCUGUGGAAAUGGGUGUAAGGCCAUAUGGCUGCGUGGGUGCCUGUGUACUUGCAAGUGUGUGUGUGUGUGUAUUUAUAUGUGAGCCUUCAUUCUGAAUGUUUGUGAACGCAUGCUUGUGUUGGUGUGUGUGUUUAUACCGAUCAAUGUCGCAAACACGGCAACUCAGUUGUGAACCCGGACUUCUGAGUGGAACUGCCACAGUGCAACGGCUUUUCCACUUUAAAACUCUCCCGCCCAGGGUCCCUGUCAUCGUCGAACACGAUAACGGACAUAUAGCGCCGUGUAUCUAUUUACCUGUAUAUGUCUGUGUGAUUGUGUGUUCGUGUCUCUCUCUCUCUCUCUCUCUCUCUCUCUCUCUCGCUUCUUGAUUCCAUGAAUGCGUGUGUGUGUGUGUGCGCGUGUGUGUGUGUCUGUGUGUGUGUGUGUGUGUGUGUGUGUCUGUCUGUGUGUGUGUGUGUGUGUCUGUGUGUGUGUGUGUGUGUGUCUGUCUGUGUGUGUGUGUGUGUGUCUGUGUGUGUCUGUCUGUGUGUGUGUGUGUGUGUCUGUCUGUGUGUGUGUGUCUGUCUGUGUGUGUGUGUGUGUGUGUGUGUGUCUGUCUGUGUGUGUGUGUGUGUGUCUGUGUGUGUGUGUGUGUGUGUGUCUGUCUGUCUGUGUGUGUGUGUGUCUGUCUGUGUGUGUGUGCGCGUGUGUGUGUGUCUGUGUGUGUGUGUCUGUCUGUGUGUCUGUCUGUCUGUGUGUGUGUGUGUGUUCUACCCACUGUAAGUGCAGCAGUAGAUGGACAGUGUUGACUUAUUUACCUCAAAAAUGAUCAAUAAAUCUGUGAUGUGAC